UUUUUUGGUUCCCUCCAAAGGUCUCUUUGUCACUUGUGAAGAGGACGAUGGUGUGAAGGGAGCAGUCUAUUCAAAAUGGUAUUUCGUUUACAAAUAGUUUAUAUCCUCGGAGCUCUCGGCUUUCUAUCGACAUCGUUUGUGGAUGGCCACUACACAAAAUUUAGUAAUGAUGUUCUUCAAGCAGCGCAACAAAAUCCUUGUUCCUUGAAUGGAGAUCUGGUAGAAGAAUUGCCACCAUUUUCUGUACAUGGAGUGGAAGGAAAUCACUGCAUCUGCGACAAGCCAUGGAAAGGAGUGGAUUGUGGGAUACUGGAUGUUCUACCAGUCUCCUUUCCACAAGGAUAUGGCAUGCUACCCAACAAGACCACCUGGGGGGCCUCUCUUCUCCACGUCAGCAAUCAAUUCCAUCUCUUUGUAUCCUCAAUUACGGGGGACUGUUCGCUCCGCAGUUGGCAUCCCAAUUCCAGAAUUGAACAUGCCGUGGCCGAUACCAUUACUGGUCCCUAUCAAUUCCACGACAUGGUGCUGCCCACCUUUUCCCACAAUCCCAAGGUUGUGGCACUGUCAUCCAAAAAAGAAGAAGACACGCGAUUGGCCAUGUUUCAUAUUGGAGAUGCCAUGGGACCCGAUAAAGCCAAAAAGGGAGACUGCAAGAAAAAAUCCAUCACGCCAUUCUUGGACACUGCUACAACCAUCAACAGUCGGACACUGUUGGACAAUGACCAGACGUUCCAGCAAGAAACUGUCGUUGGAAAAAGCAGUAGCAUACAUUUGGCGACUUCUGUCCAUGGUCCCUGGACACCCUUGCUCAACAAUACACUGAUUGGAUGCAAUAAUCCAGCUCCGUUUGUGCAUCAUCCCACUGCCGACAACAACGAGCCACAACAGGAUGACAGUAGUAUUGAACCCGGUAUCUAUGUCGUUUGUGGUCGCGCCAAUCACAGCACCCUGAUGCACGCACAAGACAUCUGGGGGCCGUGGAAGACUGUGAGUCAAAUCACGCCCUUUCCCGAGGACGACGACACUUCUACAACAAGCACAACAAGCAGUCUGCACUACGAAGAUCCCAGCUUGUACAUUGAUCCCAAGCGAGGCGCCUUUCAUGUUAUUUAUCAUUUGUACGAUACACAAGAAAAUCCUCCACAUGGACAUGACUGUGUCCAAUCGACCGUGUCGGCACAUGUCUUUUCUAGCGAUGGCAUUCACUGGUACAAGUCACUAGGGCAACCGUAUACGACCCAAAUUCCCGUGGAGGAUAAUGAUUCUGCAACAACGACGACCACCAUUACAGUAGCCACACGAGAACGGCCCAGUCUGGUCUUUGAUCCUACGACAAAGGCCCUCACGCACUUGAUCACGGCGGUCUGUAGUGCCGAGAACUGUCCCGACGGACCACCGCAGGGAUGUGUCAAUUGCAAAUACGAUCAUUGGGAUUAUACACUUGUUCAACCAUUGAAUCAUGUGUAACAACAUAAAUCUAUACUUUUAUUGAUUGCGGCAACUAGAUACAAGACACCGGCUUCCGAUGUUGUCUUCAUGAGAUGCACCCAAUCAGGGUUGCUGUCCCAAACAGGGGCAUGGAUGAAUUGAUCUUCCAAAUAGGACACGUUGUACUCUAGGCAAACUCUCUUCGUGACAGCAGCAAUCCAAUACCAUGGGACUCCUCCAAUCCAUAGAGGACAGGCUCCACCAAUUCAGCCACUGGGUUCAUUGUAGUGGAUGGGACUGGCAUAGUAGAUGUUGGUGGUUACACCGGCAAGAAAUGCCGGCCCGCAAUUGGUGCUUGAUAGGUGGCUGUCAUGGUAGUGCCUGGGCCAUUCUGGUCCCUGUUCCAGGUCCAAUUCUGAAGCAACAUCAAUGAUCCCCAAAGCCUUUCCAUGAGACAGGGCUGUGGACUCUUGGCUCAAUCCGACAGGGCAACCAUGAUUUGAGCACUGUGAGGGAAGUCUCAAGAGCAACGCCACAAUCACCCUGGACAACCCCACCAAGAAAACGCUGGCAACAUGCUCAGCCACGGAGUUUUCGCGUGUGGCUAGCGCGACAAAUCCCCCUUUCCUACCCUGUCGGAGUUAGUGCCAGGUUCAGCUUGUUCCUCCCCGUCUUCCCGGCGAUCAAGGAGAGGCACGGGCUCUGGCUCGUCAUCCGUAUCCCCGUGUAAGCUCUAGAGAUCCAAAAAAUCCUUCUUCGAAUGCACAGGUUGCAUUGUGCGCCAAGUCCUCUCUUUGCAUCUUCCCUUUCGAGCAACUCAACCAUGCUCAAGAGG